AUGACAUCGGCACGAAACACCCUCGAGGUGCCGCGGGAACCCGGCUGGGCGACCUCGACAACCUCAACCUUGGCUGGUGACGACCACCACACACUCGAAAAGAACAUUCCCGACACCAGCUCCAUUGGCGGCAAGACGGAAUCCGACACUGAGGCGGCUGUGAAGCAGCCUGAGGAGCCAAGCGAAGAUGAAUACCCCUCUGGCACCAAGCUCAUCUUUAUCGUCGUCGCCCUCGUUCUCGCCAUUUUUCUACUCGCCCUCGACAUGACCAUUGUCGCCACGGCUAUUCCCAAAAUCACCGAAGAGUUCAAGGGUCUGGACAAGGUCGGCUGGUACGGUGCUGCUUUUUUCAUGACUGUCGGCGCGUUCCAGUCCACCUGGGGCAAAAUCUACAAGUACUUUCCCCUCAAGACGUCCUUCUUGAUUGCCAUCUUCAUUUUUGAGCUGGGCUCCGUCAUCUGCGGCGCUGCCCCCAACGCCGAAGCCCUCAUCACCGGCCGUGCCAUUGCUGGUCUCGGAGCGGCCGGUCUGGGCGCCGGCGCCUACACCAUCAUUGCCUUUUCCGCACCGCCCAAGAAGCGGCCUGCGUUCACUGGCAUUCUCGGCGCUUCGUACGGUCUGGCCAGUGUCAUUGGUCCCCUGCUGGGCGGUGCUUUUACCGACAAUGUCUCCUGGCGCUGGUGCUUCUACAUCAACCUCCCCAUCGGUGCCAUCUCUGCUGGUGUCAUUUUCUUCUUCUUCCAGACGCCGCGCGCCGCGGUCCCUGAAGAGGCGCCUCUCAAGGAGAAGAUUCUUCAGACCGACCCUCUUGGUGUCAUUCUCAUGAUGGGUGCCACUGUCACCUACAUCCUCGCUGUCCAGUACGGCGGAACCGCCCAUGCUUGGAACUCUUCGACCGUCAUUGGCCUUCUUGUCGGCUUCGUCGGUAUGAUCGCCGCUUGGGGUGUGCUCCAGUACUUCCAGGGUGAGCGAUCCAUGGUCUCGCCUCACCUGAUCAAGAACCGCACCCUUGUCGUCGCCAUGAUCUACAGCUUCAUCUUUGCUGGUGGUUUCUUCGCCGCCAUCUACUACAUCCCCGUGUACUUCCAGUCUGUGCACAAUGCCAGCCCAACCAUGAGCGGUGUCCGCAACCUUCCCUUCAUUAUUGCAGUCACCAUCUCCACCAUCGCUAGCGGUGGCAUCGUCUCUGCGACUGGCUACUACCAGCCUCUUCUUAUCGGCGGUGGCGCGGUUGCCACCAUCGGUGCUGGGCUGCUCUUCCUUUUCAACGUCCACACUUCAACCGGUGCCUGGAUUGGCUACCAGAUUGUCGCUGGCGCCGGUUGGGGCACUGCUUUCCAGCUCCCUAUGAUUGCCGUCCAGGGCACCGUCGAGCCCAAGGACCUCGCUUCCGCUACUGGUAUGCUUUUGUUCUUCCAGGGUCUCGGUGGAGCUUUCCUCGUUUCCGCCGCUCAGUCUGCCUUCUUGAACCAGAUGGUCAGCUAUGUUAUGCGACGCGCCCCUGAAAUCAACAAGGGUACUCUCAUUCUCACCGGUGCUACCAACAUUCGGCAGGCAUUCCCUGCCGAGCAGAUUCCCAUUGUCAUCGACGGGUACAUGCACGGCCUCAAGGUUGUCUUUGCCCUCUGUAUUGCUGCCACUGGCGUUGCCACCACGGUCGGCCUCUUUACUCGCUGGAGCAAGCUGAAGCAGGGUGCUGGUGCUGGAGGUAUGGCCUAG